CACGCAACACAUGCGAACGCAAAACUCACACGCAUACACAAAUACAAACAAAGCGCGUGUAGAAAAUUUUUUUUCAACGUUCAUAAUUUUGUACGGAGCUGGGGAGCUGCUGGAGCUGCAAAUAAACAGUAAAAAUAUUUAAAGCAAUUGUUGAACAAAUAUUCACAACAAUACUCAAAAAUUGAGUGUUGAAUAUAAUUUUGUGUAUACGGAAAACAACACAAGAACAACAACAGAAGUAGCAGCAACAGCGGCAGCAGCAAUAGCAGCAGGAAGAAGAAGAAGCAGAAGCAGCAGAGUUAGCACCAUGUCCAGUCUGCCACGUCGCAUCAUCAAGGAAACGCAACGGCUGAUGCUGGAGCCAGUGCCCGGCAUCAAUGCUAUACCCGAUGAGAAUAAUGCACGCUAUUUCCAUGUAAUUGUCACCGGGCCGAAUGAUUCGCCCUUCGAGGGCGGCAUCUUCAAGCUGGAACUGUUUCUGCCCGAAGAUUAUCCGAUGUCGGCGCCCAAGGUGCGCUUCAUAACAAAGAUCUAUCAUCCGAAUAUCGAUCGCCUGGGCCGCAUCUGCUUGGACGUGCUGAAGGACAAAUGGAGUCCGGCCUUGCAGAUACGCACGAUUCUGCUGUCCAUUCAGGCGCUGCUCAGCGCACCCAAUCCGGAUGAUCCGCUGGCCAACGAUGUGGCCGAAUUGUGGAAGGUCAACGAGGCGGAGGCCAUACGCAACGCACGCGAAUGGACCCAGAAGUAUGCGGUCGAAGACUGAAGCGCAACUGACUGCGAGGGAGGGCGCAACGGGAUGGGACGGGACGGAACGCGGGGGGAAUGCGAACAAUGAACAAGACGAAGGAGGAGGAGCAGAAGAUGGCGCCGUUCUGGC